UAAUAGCCGGCCCGAGCUGCCCGCCGCCGCCGUCGCGCUUCUGCUCCGCGCUCCGCACUCGGUAUAGCGCGCCCGCCCAGUCGCCAUGGCUGGGCUUGUGGUCAGUGGAGCUCAAGUGUCCUACAUAGGCCAGGACUGCAGAGAGAUUCCAGAGCACCUCGGCAGGGACUGUGGACAUUUUGCAAAGAGGCUUGAUCUGAGCUUUAACCUUCUGAGGUCACUGGAAGGACUGAGCGCGUUCGGGAGCCUGGAGGAACUCAUCUUGGACAACAAUUUGCUCGGGGAUGACCUCGUGUUGCCAGGGUUACCCAGGCUCCACACCUUAACCCUCAACAAGAACCAAAUCACUGACUUGGAGUGCCUGCUUGAUCACCUGGCAGAAGUGACACCAGCUCUGGAGUACCUCAGCCUGCUGGGAAAUGUGGCAUGUCCCAAUGAGCUAGUCAGCCUGGAAAAGGAUGAGGAAGACUACAAGAGAUACAGAUGCUUUGUUCUGCACAAGCUGCCCAAUUUGAAGUUUCUGGAUGCUCGUAAAGUAACCAAACAAGAACGAGAGGAAGCUUUGGUCAGAGGGGCGUUCAUGAAGGUGGUGAAGCCCAAGGCCUCCGGCGACAGCGUUGCCGCCUCUCCGAAGAGCCGCUACACACCCCUGCCUUCUGCUUCCAGGGAACUCACCAGUCACCGAGGUGUCCUGGGGAAGUGUCGCUAUGUUUACUAUGGGAAGAACUCAGAGGGCAACAGGUUUAUCCGCGAUGACCAGCUCUGAAGGCAAGUUCUGUAUGCCUUAGCCAGUGACAUGAGAGUAAAAGAAAAAAGGG